AUGUAUUUCACUGUCAGCGCUGUGUUUCUCUCAUUGAGCUUGCUACAUUUGCCUGUGGAUGGCAAGAAGUACAAGCUAUAUCAUCUGCCCGAUCAGUAUACGAGCACAUUGAAAGUGGGUCUCGUGCCGUAUCAUGAGGUCAAGCUGCCCGAAGUUGUGGAAGACCCGUUCAUUGAACAUAGAGCUGAAGAUGUUGUGGAGCAUGCGGAUCUUUCCAAGUUCAUUGAAACGUCAUCAGUGCGUAUGGAAAUGAUAGUAAAAAAGAUGAAGCUCGAGUCGUUUGCGAAAAAUUGCCAUAAGAAGGGCAGCCACUGCCUCAGGAACUUGGAUUGUUGCUCUGCGCUUUGCUUACGGUCGUCGAAAAAGUGUGUGUGA